AUGAGCAGGUCUCCUUCGUUUUCAGUGAGAACAGAAGUGAGUCCGAGUGUUGAUUCAGAAUCAUUGCAACGAUGGGUUGUUGCCUUUUGUGCUAUAAGGUUUGAUCUUGAACAAGGCCAACUUGUAGAAGAGUGUUAUCCACAGGGUUGUCUUUCCAACAACGAAGAGCUUGAAAUUGCUUAUAGCUCCUUUCCUGAUUCCGUUUCGCAGCACCAGAACCGAUCUAGCAUUCACGAUUGUAUAUUCUUUUUCCGAAUACGUAGGAUCCUUAAGAAGUCCUUAGAUGAAAAGGGUGUAGCUGAUAGUAGCAAUGCUUCUAAAUUCUUGUAUGGUUAUGUGUUUAAUAGGCAGAGACACGAUGAACGGUUAAAGCGAGGUGGGGAGCAGAAGUCUGUCGUCAUUUUGUCUUAUAAUCCUUAUUCAAGUGUUUUUAGACCUUUGUUGCAAAUUGUAGGCCCGUUGUUUUUUGAUAUUGGUAAGAAAGCAUUGGAGCAUAUUGCUGCUUAUGUUUCAAAAUGGCCUGCUCCUGUUCCUGGCAAGGUGAUGGAUCUUCCUAUCGGAAAUGCAUCCCUUAAAGUGAAUUUGCCACCUGCUCUGAGUUUGCCUGUAGAAAGUGGAGUAUUUUGUGAAGAGGUGGCUUCUUCUGUGGCACCUUUUGUUCCUAAUAAUCAGCCUUUCCCACAAGGUCUUUUUCAUGAUUCAGAUCUUUUUGGUUCGUUCCGAGGGAUUCUAUUGCAGCUUUGGGUGUUGUGGGAGUUGUUGCUCAUUGGUGAACCUGUGCUCAUCAUUGCCCCCACACCUCCCCAGUGUUGUGAGGCCGUAGCUAGUCUUGUGAGUUUGGUUGCUCCAUUACUUUGCAGUGUUGAUUUCCGGCCUUAUUUUACCAUUCAUGAUCCGAUCUUUGCACGCUUAAACUCAAUCCAAGAAGGUGAAGCUUUCCCCCCAAUGAUUUUAGGAGUGACAAACCUUUUCUUCCUCAAAGCUCUGCGUAACAUCCCGCACAUUGUCUCAGUUGGAAGUCCUCCUCCUAAUUCAAAUAGGCUUUCCCUUACAAGUAGGUCUUCUGCUGGCAGAGUUUCUGGCAGACCAGAAGGUCUUGGGUUUCAACAACUUUCCCUAAAGAAGUUUUCUCCUUCAAAUUUUUUGAGUGCAGUUAGGCUGCGGAGAGAUGGUCCUCUUUGUCUCAUGACAGAACAUAAGGAAGCCAUUUGGAGUACCUAUUCUGCUGCAACUAAGCCAGAUACUUCUAUCUUAAAUAGGCUUAUAGAUGCUGGGUUGUCACCAAGAGUUGAGGAGUCAAUGUCUGUUGUGAACAAUGAGAUAUUACGGAGACACUUCUUGGAGCUCACUACAAACUUUUUGGCUCCUUUUAGCCCAUAUUUUAGGAUAUCAACACCAUCAGAAGGAUCUUCUCCUUAUGUAGAUCCUCCUUCUCUACCUUCAUUCAAUGCUGAUGAAUUUCUUGCAAGUCUAGCAGCAAGAGGUCCAGGGAAGUUUAUGUUAAAGCGAAUGAGAUCUAAUUGGCUUGACUUAUACAGUCGAUUCCUAAAUGGACCCAACUUUAUGCCAUGGUUUAAGAGAAGGCGUGCUGUUGCUGAACAAGAACAAGAUAGAUUAUGGAGGCAAGCCAGAAUAAAAACUGACAUCCAACAGCUUAUGUCUAGACUGUCUGAAUUGGAAAUUGUAGAUUCCUUCAAUGUUAUAGAGAGACUUCUACUCAGAGAAAUACAGACAAUGAUCAAACCCAAAGGCAAGCUGUUUGGAACAUUGGAAAUUGUUCCUUCUGCCGAGAGUCUGCAGCAAUCUGGAAAGAGUGGUCUUGAUUCCAUCGCAACCUGUCAGAAACUAAAGGUAGACCUUCAGGCUGUUUUCCACGUGCUUUCAAAGGAUAUGCAGCAACUAAUGCUUUCAAAUCCUGAGAGGGCAUCCCUUCUUCAAGGAAAUCCGGAGUCACCAAAACUCCCCGGGCGUCCCCUCAUACAAAUUGCGGUUGUGUCUUCUACAUCACCCCGGUGA